AUGAAAUUCUUGAUAAUAUUUGUGGUGUUGGUCCAAUUGUUGGCGGCCGAGGAGGCGACGCCGGUCGCUGAGCAAACAGUCCGAGUAGCUGUUGAAGGCCAGCUGGUUCUUCCCGGCUAUCGAAAUUGUCGUGAAUGGUCAACUGGCGCUCGAAUAAUUCUGAGUCCAAAUCAAAUUAUCGGUUUCGUUCGCGAAGAUUGCUCAUUUCGCGUCGACAAUGUUCCAAAUGGCAGUUUUAUUGUUCAAGUCGAAAACACUGGACUCGUUUUCGAGCCUCUGCGCGUCGAUAUCACAGCUCGCGGAAAAAUGAGAGCUCGACGACUCUCACUUCUUCAGCCUUCGGUUGUUGCCCUUGAAGAUUAUCCAUUGAAGAUGACCUCACGGAGUCCUACUCGCUAUUUCCGAAAGCGUGAGGAAUGGAGAAUCACUGAUAUGCUCUUCAGCCCGAUGGUGUUGAUGCUUGUUCUGCCGCUUCUAGUCAUGCUCGUUAUACCAAAAAUGACUGCUAAUGAUCCGGAACUCAAAAAAGAGAUGGAGCAGAUGCAGCUACCAAAAAUGGACAUGCCUGAUGUCAGUGAAAUGAUGGCCAAUUUAUUUGGCGGUGGUCCGAAUCCGGCCAACAAAAAGAAAUCGGUGACGGCGGGAAGCACCCAAAGACGACGUUAA